AUGCCUAACAAAAGAAACAGACGAAGAAAAUCGGAUAAAUCGAAGCGACCACAAUAUUUGAAAGAAAGUUCUGUUACAGUUACAAAAAAUAAAAUCAAAAGGUAUCGAGAAAAGAUCAAACAAAAGAAAUUAGAAAAGAAUAAUAAAUUAUAUGAAGAAUUAAAUGCAAAAGAUUUCGGAAAUUUUCAAGAUCAAGUUAAAUUUGGAGAAGUUGUACAGGCACCUCCUUCCAUAACAACAAUUCCGAAAAGCCGCCAAAAUAAAGUAAAGAAAAUUAAGAAUUUCGAGAAAACCUUAUUUAUGCAAAACUCAACUUGA